GUUAUCUUGACUGGUCGUAAUCAGUAAGAAGCUAGAUGUGGUAGUUGUUAGCUGUUAGAAUAUGAAAGUUUUUAUGGAAAGAAAACUUCUAAUAAAACUCCAAAGAUGUUUAUUUUGUCAAGGAAUGCUACGGAACGAUUUCAGGGGUUUAAGUACUCACAACAAAGUUGGAUUUGUUGGGUUAGGAAACAUGGGGGAAAAAAUGUGUAAAAACUUACUCAAAAAGGACUUUAAAGUAAUGGUAAAUGAUUUGAAUCCAAGGAAGAUAGAAUUGUUGAAUAAAGCCGGAGCAGUCGUUGCCGAAAAAAAUUCCGACAUUGCCGAAUUCGCCGACUUCAUAAUUACGAUGCUACCUGCGAGUCACCACGUGACUUCUUUUUAUGCUGGUGAAAAUGGAAUAAUGAAGUUUAUCAAACCUGGGACAUUAGCAAUUGACUGUAGUACUGUUGACCACGUAGCACCAAAGAAUCUGAGUAAUUUAUUUGAAAAAAUUGGUGCUUCAAUCAUAGACGCACCUGUCUCUGGAGGUGUUGCGGCUGCAUUAAAUGGAACGCUGACGUUCAUGGUUGGAGGGAAGGAAGAAGAUGUGGACAAGGCGAAGCCGAUACUAUCUGCCAUGGGUAAAAAUAUAAUCCACUGUGGAGAACUAGGAAGUGGCCAAAUUGCGAAAAUGUGCAACAAUUUACUUCUCGGUAUAACUAUGUACGGUGCAGCUGAAACAUUUCAUUUUGGAAAAAAACUUGGAAUAGACCUUAAAGUUUUGACAUCCGUCAUCAACACCAGUUCAGGAAGAUGUUGGGUCACAGAUACUUAUAACCCAGUGCCGAAUGUUAUGGAAAACGUCCCAAGCUCGAAAAGUUACGAGAUAUUGGAGAAUAUUUAGUGGUGAUGCUAACGAAGAAGCAAGGAAAUCUGAUUAAAAAUAACUGAGUCAUAGAAUUAUGAUAAAAAAACUCAGUGUGGGACCACUGGGUGUCCAGUUGCUGGAAGGUAACUUCUGAAAAAGUGGCCAGUGCAAAUGGUUAAUAAAUAAAAACUCAGUUAAAUUAUCACUUAAAUGACAAAUAUUUGAAAAAUCAUUAUUUUUAUCUUUCCUUUUUUUAAUUUUAAAUGAGAAGUGUAUUUAUGACUUUAUAUGUAUCAUAAUGCAUUCUAGGUAACGAAAAAAAAAAAAAAGAAAUUAAAGCUUUGCAAUCAUUUAUUGCAGUAAUUUUUGGUGAAAACACCUGUACUUUUAGGUAACAUGAUAUCAAAUCACCUAAUUUUAUUACCGAACUUAAAUUGAAUCUCAACUUAUUUUAUAAUAAACCUGUGCAAAACUGAUCAUUUUUAAAUUAUAUAAAUUUAACAAUGAUAAUAUUCUAAGAAAAAAAUUAAAGCUGAUCAUAUCUUUUCAGGCAGGGUUCACUUCUCAAAUGCUCCUAAAAGAUCUUGAGAUAGCAGAAAGAACAGCCAAAAAACUAAAUCAUACUCUCGAUAUCGGAAACAAAACAUUGGAAAUAUACAAAAAAAUCUGUGAUGCUGACCUCAGGGAAAAAGAUUUUUCAAUCAUUUAUGAAUAUCUUACAAAAAAAAAUUAUUACGAUAAAUUAAAUUCAUAAAAUGAACAGAAACUAUUAAUCCAAUUGUAAACUCUACAAAAGUCGAUGGAAUUACAGGAAUACCAAAUAUUUGGUUACUAUAUAAUAUUCAGAAAUCCAUAUCAAAGACUUGGAAUAUAAACCUUAAAAUGUACUAGUAAAUCUCAAGAUUUUCCAAUGGUAUUGGUAAAAGAUCAAAACUGGAAUGGAAUGAACAGCUUUUACCACUCGAGUGUUACUUCAACUCAAGAUUCUUUGAAAAACACAGUAAUAAUCCAAAAAUAUGGUGAAAUCUUAUUAACCAUACAUGUAACAAAAACUUUUUUCCGAGCUUCCUCCCAUGCAAAGAUAGUGAAUUAGCAGUUGUCAAAAUCGUUAGAAUUCACAGAAUGCGUAAAAUGUGAACGCACCAAUAUGACUUUGACGUGAACUGACCAUGUUUUAUUAAAUAUUGCAUAAAUUCUUUCUUUGAACUAAAGUGAAAAAUGAUGUGAAGAAGUUUCGUAAAAGUGAAUAAAAGGUGAUAGCACUGAAAUCUGAAAAAUAUGAUGGUUUUUUUUCAAUUUUCUCCUUAAAUUUUGAAAGUUCACAAAAUAUUUUUUUUUAUAAAGAUGUAGUAUUCAAAAUUUUCAUUGCUUUUAUCUUUUAUAAGAACUUUUUAUAAAAAUUAUCCAGAAUUUGUAAUUUAAAAUAAUAAAAUUAUCUUUUCUUUUUA